GAGAGAGAGAGAGGGAGGGAGAGAGAGAGAGCGAGCGCGCGCGUUAGCGCGAGAGAGCGAGUGAGCAAGCGAGCAGAAAAGAGGUGGAGAGGGGGGGAAUAAGAAAGAGAGGAGGAAAGGAGAGAAGGCUGGAAGAAGGCAAGGGACGUUAACAACCAUGCUGUGCUGUAUGAGAAGAACCAAACAGGUUGAAAAAAAUGAUGAGGACCAAAAGAUCGAACAAGAUGGCAUCAAACCAGAAGAUAAAGCGCAUAAGGCAGCUACCAAAAUUCAGGCUAGCUUCCGUGGACACAUAACAAGGAAAAAGCUCAAAGGCGAGAAGAAGGGUGAUGCCCCAGCAGCUGAGGCUGAUGCAAAGGAGAAAAAGGAAGAAACUCCUGUCGCUGAUGGUGUGGAGAAGAAGGAGGGAGAAGGUCCAGGCAUUACUGAGGCGGCCCCUGCCACUGGCCCCAAGCCUGAGCAGAAUGGCAAAGCAGGCGAAACUCCUUCCGAGGAAAAGAAGGGGGAGGGCGCCCCCGAUGUGGCCACAGAGCAGGCAACCCCUAAGGAGGAGAAGGCUGGCUCUGCGGAGACAGAAAGUACCACUAAAGCUGCCAUUGACAACUCGCCCUCCUCCAAGGCCGAAGAUGCCCCAGCCAAGGAGGAACCCAAAGCCGAUGUGCCUGCUGCUGUCACUGAUGCUGCUGCUGCCGCUUCCCCUGCUGCAGAGGACGCUGCUGCCAAGGCAACAACUUCGCCCCCGACGGAGGCUGCUGAGAGCAGCCAAGCUGAGGAGAAGAUAGAAGCUGUAGAUGAAACCAAACCUAAGGAAAGUGCCCGACAGGAUGAGGGUAAAGGAGAAGAAACCGAGGCGGACCAAGAACAUGCCUGAACUUUAAGAAAUGGCUUUCCACGUCCCUGCCCUCCCCUUUCCUGAGCCCUGUUUCUCCCCCACCCUCUUCUAAAAUCCGCUCUGAAGUUUCCCUUCCUGUCCUGCUCACACGUGUGAGUCUGUCCUCUCCCACCCACUAGCCCUAUUUCUCUCUGUGUGGCAAACAUUUAAAAAAAAAAAAGCAGGAAAGAUCCCAAGUCAAACAGUGUGACUUAAACAUUUUUGUUUCUUGGUGUUGUUAUGGCGAGUUUUGGUAAUGAUGAUUCAAUCAUUUUGGGAAAUUCUUGCACUGUAUCCAAGUUUUAUGAUCUGGUGCGUGUGGCCCCGUGGGAGUCCACUUUCCUCUCUCUCUCUGUUCCAAGUGUGUGUGUGUGUGUGCAAUGUUCCGUUCACCAGAGGAGUCCAAAAUAUCGAGUGAAUUUAAAACCAUUUUUCUUUGCUUCCUCUUCAAUGUGAUGGAAUGAACAAAAAACAACAAAAAAAAGGAAAAACUCUAAAAAUCCAGUUUGUUUUAAAAUAAAUAAAUAAAUAAAUAAAUGCAUAAAUACAUAAAUAAAUAAAGCAAAUGUGCCAAUUAGCGUAACUUGCGGCUCCAAGGCUCCUUUUUCAAUCUGAAUAUGAAUAAAUCAUGAGAAUAAUCAAA